UGGGGGAGAGGUAGCGUCCGGUCCGUCAGCGCAGACGGCCCAGCCAAACCUCCGACUCCUCCAUUCCCGCCGCCGCCGCCGACUAGCGCCCUACUGGGCGAGGAGGGAAGUCCACCAAGUGCUGGAGCAGAGGGGAGAAAAUUCAAAGCGAGUCUACUCAACCUCGUCUUGGCUCCGAGGCCCCGCCAUGGAGACCAGCCCAGUGCGCAGGCGUACCCCCUCGGAGAGCGCGCCACGGAGCGCCCUGAAGUGAGGCCAUUCUCAGCCACCGUAGUCGGCCUUCCCGUCUGAUUGGCUCUUCUGUUUUCGUAGUCCCGCCCCCUCAUCGCCUGAGGUUUGAGGCCGGAGCCCAGAGGAAAUCUCGGUCGUUGAUGUUUGUGGCCUGGACUUGGUGAAGGUACUGCAGCCUCGUGGUGGGUUCUUGCUUGUGAGGUCGGGGGACCGAAUGCGGAAGCCCAGUCUCUGCAGCUUCUCCUCUACCAGCGUGUUCUCAUUUUGAGCGUCCUCGUUUCGUAGCCCUAAGAGACGAGAACGCCUUUUGUCUGCUGUGAUCCCCUACAUUUCUGUUGGCAAGUCUGCGUGUACUGCCUGUCAUGGCUCAGCUCCAGACCCGCUUCUUCACUGACAAUAAGAAAUAUGCAGUAGAUGAUGUUCCCUUCUCAAUUCCUGCAGCUUCUGAAAUUGCUGACCUUAGUAACCUCAUCAAUAAACUGUUGGAGGCCAAAAAUGAGUUACACAAACAUGUGGAGUUUGAUUUUCUUAUCAAGGGUCAGUUCUUGCGAAUGCCCUUGCUCAAACACAUGGAACUGGAAAACAUCUCAUCAGAAGAGGUUGUGGAAAUAGAAUAUGUGGAAAAGUAUACUGCACCUCAGCCAGAGCAGUGCUUGUUUCACGAUGACUGGAUCAGUUCAAUCGAAGGGGCAGAGGAAUGGAUCUUGACUGGUUCUUAUGAUAAGACUUCCCGAAUUUGGUCCUUAGAAGGAAAAUCAAUAAUGACGAUUGUCGGACAUAUGGACGUUGUUAAAGAUGUGGCCUGGGUGAAAAAAGACAGUUUGUCUUGUCUACUAUUAACUGCCUCUAUGGAUCAGACUAUUCUCUUAUGGGAAUGGAAUGUAGAGAGAAACAAAGUGAAAGCCCUGCACUGCUGUAGAGGUCAUGCUGGAAGUGUGGAUUCUAUAGCUGUCGAUAGCACAGGAACCAAAUUUUGCAGUGGCUCCUGGGACAAGAUGCUAAAGAUAUGGUCUACAGUCCCUACAGACGAAGAAGAUGAAAUAGAGGAAUCCACAAAUCGUCCAAGAAAGAAACAAAAAACAGAGCAAUUAGGACUAACAAGGACUCCCAUAGUUACCCUCUCUGGCCACAAGGAAGCAGUCUCCUCUGUUCUUUGGUCAGAUGCUGAAGAAAUCUGCAGUGCAUCUUGGGACCACACAAUUAGAGUGUGGGAUGUUGAGUCUGGCAGUCUGAAGUCAACUUUGACAGGAAAUAAAGUGUUUAAUUCUAUCUCCUAUUCUCCGCUUUGUAAACGUUUAGCAUCUGGCAGCACAGAUAGGCAUAUCAGAUUGUGGGAUCCGCGAACUAAAGAUGGUUCUUUAGUGUCGCUGUCCCUAACUUCACAUACAGGCUGGGUAACAUCAGUUAAGUGGUCUCCUACACAUGAGCAGCAGCUGAUCUCAGGUUCCUUAGAUAAUAUUGUCAAGCUGUGGGAUACGAGAAGUUGUAAGGCUCCUCUCUAUGACCUGGCUGCUCAUGAAGACAAAGUUCUGAGUGUAGACUGGACAGACACAGGGUUACUUUUAAGUGGAGGAGCGGACAAUAAAUUGUAUUCCUACAGAUACUCACCUGCCACAUCCCAUGUGGGGGCUUGAAAGUGAAUGACAAGUUUGACAAUGGAGAUUCUAGAAAUGAAACUGAAAAAAGAAUACUCAGAUUACAACAGAGAUUCAGAAAGAAGCCUUUUCAGAUUAAAUUGUUUCACCCUUGAUAUAAAUAUCACUGUCCUCUUUAUAUUUAUUACACAUUUUAUGUUUAUGAAAGAGACAGUGUUGUCUGGAUUAUUUUACUUUAAGCAAAUUCUUGAAAUUAACUGUUG